GCUCAGGAGGCAAUCUUGCAUGCAUCUGGAAAUGGCAGCACUUUACCAUCGAAGGACUACUGCAUGCUGUAUAACCCUUACUGGACAGUUCUUCCAAGUACUCUAGAAAAUGCAACUUCUGUUACUUUGAUGAAUCUGACUACCACACCACUGUGCAAUCUAUCUGAUAUCCCUCCUGAUGGGAUAAAGGACAAAGCAGUUGUGGUGCAGUGGGGAACCUGCCAUUUUCUUGAAAAAGCCAGAAUUGCACAGACAGGAGGUGCUGAAGCAUUGUUGAUUGCCAAUAAUAGUGUCCGAUAUCCUCCCUCAGGGAACAAAUCUGAAUUUCAUGAUGUCAAAAUAUUGAUUGCAUUUAUAAUCCAUAAAGACUUUAAAGAUAUGAAGCAGACUCUUGGCGAUAACAUUACUGUGAAAAUGUAUUCUCCAUCAUCGCCUAACUUUGACUAUACUAUGGUAGUUAUUUUUGCCAUUGCUGUGUUCACUGUGGCAUUAGGAGGAUACUGGAGUGGACAAAUUGAAUUGGAAAGCUUGAAAGCAAUGACAAACACUGAAGAUAGAGACGUGAGGAAAAAGAAGGAGGAAUAUUUAACUUUUAGUCCUCUUACAGUUGUAAUAUUUGUGGUCAUCUGCUGUGUUAUGAUGAUCUUACUUUAUUUCUUCUACAAAUGGUUGGUUUAUGUUAUGAUAGCAAUUUUCUGCAUAGCAUCAGCAACGAGUCUGUACAACUGUCUUGCUGCAUUAAUCCGUAAGAUACCAUGUGGACAGUGCAAGAUUGGAUGUCGUGGCAAAAGCAUUGAAGUAAGACUUAUAUUUCUCUCUGGACUAUGCAUAGCAGUAGCUGCUGUCUGGGCUGUGUUUCGAAAUGAAGAUAGGUGGGCUUGGAUUUUACAGGAUAUCUUGGGGGUUGCUUUCUGUCUGAAUUUAAUCAAAACACUGAAGUUGCCCAACUUCAAGUCAUGUGUGAUACUUCUGGGCCUUCUCCUCCUCUAUGAUGUGUUUUUUGUAUUCAUCACACCAUUCAUCACUAAGAAUGGCGAGAGUAUCAUGGUUGAACUUGCUGCUGGACCUUUUGGAAAUAAUGAAAAGUUACCAGUAGUCAUCAGGGUACCAAAGCUGAUCUAUUUCUCAGUAAUGAGUGUGUGCCUCAUGCCAGUUUCAAUACUGGGGUUUGGCGACAUUAUUGUGCCAGGUCUGUUGAUUGCAUACUGUAGAAGAUUUGAUGUUCAGAUUGGUUCUUCUAUAUAUUAUAUUUCCUCCACAAUUGCCUAUGCAGUUGGUAUGAUACUUACAUUUGUUGUUCUGGUACUGAUGAAAAAGGGACAACCAGCACUCCUCUAUUUAGUACCUUGCACUCUUAUUACUGCCUCAGUUGUUGCAUGGAGACGUAAGGAAAUGAAAAAGUUCUGGAAAGGCAGCAGCUAUCAGAUGAUGGACCAUCUGGACUAUGCAACAAAUGAAGAAAACCACGUGAUUGCUGGUGAACAAACUGUCCAACAAUAAUACUAUAUGGACCUGCAAUAAUGUGUCAUAUAUUUUCUACACAUAGAGUUAGACCUUUAAAAUCAACUUCUGAAUUGACAAUCUAAAAGAAUCUUCAGUAAUAUGCUUGCAAAUAUAUAUAUUUUUAUGAACUGGUACUGGCAGAUUACAGCAUAAAUGAUUAAAAUGCAUUUGCUUUUAACUAUGUUAUAGUUGUGCCUUUAUGGUAAAUAAAACAUGGUCUGAGUAAUUUUCAACAUUACAAAUUAUAUGCAGUAUAUUUUU